AUGGAGAUCCGAUUGAGCUCAUUCAAAAGAGAGCAUUCUCUCAAGGAGCUACUGUCAAAGGAUAUGUCUGAGUACUGGGCCACGGAUGAUGUGCUUCCACACUCCAUCCAAAUAUCAUUUGAUAAGGUCCGGUAUGUCCAGUCCGUACAGCUGUUCCUGAGCUUCACACAGGAUGACAGCUAUACGCCAGAAAGGAUCGAGAUCAGAUCUGGACUGACGAGAGAGGGCAUCAAGGAAAUAAGUUCUGUGGAGCUUGUGGAGCCUGAGGGGCUCCUGACACUGAAUGUUGCAAGAAAAUGUCUUUAUGUCCAGAUUGUAAUCAACUCGAACCAUCAGGAGGGAAAGGAUAGUCACAUCAGGCAUCUGAAAGUUCUAGAAUCAUCGACAAAGGAGAUUUAUUACAAAAUAUGA